GCUGGACAGAGAAUAUUCAAAAUUCAAGAUGGCCAGAUGUCACGAUGGUGUCUUAGACUUUUGUCGUUAACUUUAUUUGUUUUAUGUGAAAAAGUGCUUUUUCACUAUGGCUGACUUAAGUGUUGAUAUAUCAAAGUUGCCGGACGAGAUAAGAGAUAAGUUGGCGGAGUUGGACUUGGAGUUAUCAGAAGGUGACAUCACACAAAAAGGUUAUGAAAAGAAGCGUACACGACUUCUUGCACCGUACGUCGCACAACAUCAGCCCCAAGCAGGCAAUCAGCCGCUUCGUGGUCCGCGUGGAGACGGCGGUAGCAGCCGACAACAUACAAGAAACCGACGGACGCAUCGACGAGUCACUCACAAUGAGAAGAGAUACCAUUCAGAAGUUAGACAGGAAGCAGUGCAGCAGGCCCUAGCGGAGAUGCAGAACAGGCCCAAGCCGUCUCUACCGAUGCCUUCAAAGCGCACAUCUAUGAUGGCCAAGAGUCCUGACAGAGAGAGACAUGAUCUUUCUUCAAGCUCAGAUGAGGAUUCGUGUGCUGGUGACUCAGAACUACCACCACCACCGGAGCUAGGUUCGCCUCCUGCUCGCCGCGCUGCCGCACCUCAUCCUCGCGGACAUCCACCUCCUCUUCCACAAUUGCAUCAUCAGAGAGAUAAGAAGCACGCACCACGAGAAAAAACUGAGAUAGAUCUCUCUGAUAUUACACAUUUACCAGCUUACAUUCAACCGGACGUAACGCACACGACAUCUGGCGCUCGUCGCGGCGGCGCUCUCAUCGCGGACCGAGUGCAAUGCUACGCCCAGCCAGAGGACACCGGCACUGGCACUGGCAGGUGGAAGGUAUCAGCCAAAAUACAGCAAUUACUUAAUACUCUAAAGCGACCCAAACGUCGACCACUGCCGGAGUUUUACGAAGAUGAUGACAUAGAAUUGGAGAUUGCUGCUAAUCCAAAAGAUCCAAACGCACCGAAACCAGAAGGUGGAACCAUGACUCCUGCCGUUGGCGAACAACUCGUUGUACCAGCUGGUCUACCCAGGAACUUAGAGGCUGCACUGCAGAGAUACGGCACGGCUUCAUUUAAAGCAAACGUAGCUACCGUACUCGACCCUAACGGAAAACUUAGCAAUUCCCUCACUUAUGGAAAACUUUUGAGCCGGUCAUUGAAAAUAGCUCACGCAGUAUUGAACAAAACGUUUACAUCAAAGAGCAGUAGUGGCGGCCCGCUCACUGGUGACAAUUCAAUUAAGCCAGGCGACAGGGUGGCGCUAGUUUACCCCAACAACGAUCCUAUAAACUUCAUGUGUGCGUUAUACGGAUGUCUGCAAGCCGGCAUAGUCCCCGUGCCCAUAGAGGUGCCGCUGACCAGACGUGACGCUGGUCUUCAGCAAGUGGGUUUUCUCCUGGGCUCCUGCGGCAUACAGUACGCCCUUACAUCUGAUGCCUGCUUGAAAGGUCUCCCUAAGACGUCAUCAGGAGAUGUCGUGUCAUUCCGUGGCUGGCCAUCACUCCAAUGGGUGUCUACGGAGAAGCUUCCCAGACCACCUCGAGAUUGGAUCCCUCCGCCCCGCCCCGCUGAAGAUAGUCCAGCGCAUAUAGAACAUACAUCAGCAGCUGAUGGUUCCGCUAUGGGCGUUAUUGUCACGAGAGCAUCAAUGUUGGCUCAUUGCCGAAUGCUCUCCGUGGCCUGCAACUACACGGAGGGAGAGCACAUGGUCUGCGUUUUGGACUUCAAGAGGGAAACAGGGCUGUGGCACGCCGUUCUUGCGAGUGUACUAAAUGGAAUGCACGUUAUAUUUAUUCCAUACGCCUUGAUGAAAGUUAGCCCGGCUUCAUGGAUGCAUAUGAUCACAAAAUACAGGGCAUCGGUGGCAAUCGUGAAGUCACGUGACCUGCAUUGGGGCCUCUUGGCAACACGUGACCACAAAGAGAUCUUGCUUAGCUCUUUAAGAAUGCUGUUAGUGGCUGAUGGGGCGAAUCCUUGGUCUUUGUCUUCGUGCGAUCAAUUUCUUUCCGUAUUUCAGAGUAAAGGAGUUCGCGGCGACGCAAUAUGCCCGUGCGCGUGCAGCAGCGAGUCGUUGACUGUGUGCGUGCGUCGCGCGGGUCGCGGGGGCUCGUCCGCCGGCCGCGGCGUGCUCUCCAUGUCCGGCCUCUCGUACGGCGUCGUGAGGGUCGACGCAGAAAAUUCUCUGACGUCACUCACGCUGCAGGAUUGUGGACAAGUCAUGCCUUCAUGUAAGCUGACAUCGGGUGUGUCAUUGGAAACGUGGGAAAUAAACACCUCUACAAGACGUGUCAUCGUAGUGGUUAAAAUGGAAGGCCUCGCGUAUCUUUGCAAGACGGAUGAAGUUGGUGAAAUAUGCGUGCUCUCUGGCGCGACCGGGUCUGGUUACUGGGGCCUGCCAGGUCUCACCAAUACGGUAUUCAGGGUCCAGCCUCUCGACUCUGACGGUGAACCAAUUGGGGAAGAACACUAUGUUCGGAGCGGUUUACUCGGAUUCCUUGGCCCUGGAGGCUUAGUAUUCGUGUGCGGGUCUCGCGAUGGCCUGAUGACUGUUACGGGAAGGAAGCAUAACAUGGACGAUAUCAUAGCGACAGUGCUGGCCGUGGAACCCAUGAAAUUUAUAUACAGAGGACGUAUAGCCGUGUUCUCAGUGCGAGUGCUGCGUGACGAGAGAAUCUGCAUCGUAGCGGAACAACGACCUGAUUGUGGAGAGGAAGAGUCUUUCCAAUGGAUGUCUCGCGUGUUGCAAGCAGUCGACUCGAUCCAUCAAGUGGGUAUAUAUUGCUUGGCUCUGGUGCAACCAAAUUACCUCCCCAAAACGCCACUCGGAGGUAUACAUCUCAGUGAAUGUAAGAGGCGAUUCCUUGAAGGAACGUUGCAUCCCGCCAAUGUACUGAUGUGUCCGCACACGUGUGUGACAAAUCUACCCAAACCGAGGGAAAUUCAUUCAGAUGUUGGCCCAGCUUCUGUCAUAGUUGGUAAUUUGGUCCAAGGUAAUCGCCUUGCAUCAGCUCAAGGGCGAGAUAUGGGAUACACUGACGACUCUGAUGCGGCACGAAAGUACCAAUUCAUAUCACAAAUAUUGAGAUGGCGAGCUCAGAGUACUUCCGACCAUGUGAUAUUUACAUUGCUCAAUUCAAAAGGUGCUGUAUCAAAAGUGCUCACAUGCGCCGAAUUACACAAGAAAGCAGAGAGAAUCGGUAACUUAUUAUUAGAAAAAGGUCGUGUCAAUACAGGGGACCAUGUAGCUCUGAUAUUUCCUCCGGGACUUGAUCUCAUUUGCGCAUUCUACGGUUGUUUGUAUGUUGGCGCAGUCCCGGUGACAAUUAGACCACCUCAUCCUCAAAACCUUCACACCACGUUGCCAACGGUUCGCAUGAUCGUUGAUGUCAGUAAAGCGACGCUAGUCCUAUCCAAUCAAUCUGUGAUAAAACUGCUCAGAUCUAAAGAAGCUAGCAAUGUUCUUGAUAGCAAAGCCUGGCCUAUUACUCUCGACACUGACGACAUGCCUAAGAAGAAACUGCCCAUUUUGUACAGAGCACCAACUGCUGAAAUGCUCGCAUAUUUAGAUUUCAGCGUUUCAACUACUGGAAUGUUAGCUGGAAUCAAGCUGUCACACGCGGCCGUUACCUCCCUCUGCCGCUCCAUGAAGAUUGCAUGUGAACUUUACCCCUCACGGCAUAUUGCCCUGUGCUUAGACCCAUAUUGUGGCCUCGGAUUUGCCCUCUGGUGCCUCAGCAGUAUAUACUCAGGACAUCACUCUAUUCUCAUUCCACCUUCUGAAGUUGAAAUAAAUCCAGCACUCUGGUUAAGUGCAGUAUCCCAGUAUAAAGUUCGCGAUACGUUCUGUUCGUACGGUGUAAUGGAAUUAUGUACGAAAGGGUUGGGCAGCUCAGUCAAUCAGCUAAAAAGCAAAGGAAUUAAUUUAGCUUGUGUAAGAACAUGCGUCGUCGUUGCUGAAGAACGCCCAAGGAUCAAUUUGACUAAUUCGUUUUCGAAACUUUUCUCAGCUCUUGGUUUGAGUCCACGAGCAGUGUCUACGUCAUUUGGAUGUCGCGUCAACAUAGCUAUAUGUCUUCAAGGAGCAUCCAGUCCAGAGCCUUCCACCGUAUAUGUAGACCUAAGAGCUUUGCGUAACGACCGUGUCUCACUAGUGGAACGUGGUAGUCCACAUUCUCUCUGUUUGAUGGAAUCUGGCAAACUAUUGCCUGGCGUGAAAGUUAUAACUGCCAACCCGGAAACUAAAGGGCAAUGUGGAGACUCUCAUUUGGGUGAGAUAUGGGUGCAGUCACCCCAUAACGCAAGCGGUUACUUUACAAUAUACGGCGAUGAAAGUGAUUACGCUGACCAUUUCAGUGCACAAUUAGUCACUGGGAAUACAGGAGAAGUUUAUGCAAGGACAGGAUACUUAGGAUUUUUAAGAAGAACAGAGAUUAGCACGACGAGUGUUGGAGGUGAUGACAGUUCGAUAAUGAUUCGUGACAGCGAUACGGAAUCGUUGGCUUCCGCCUGUGGAAGCAUGUCUGGCCUUGCCUCUGCAGACUCUCAUGACACUCACGAUGCAGUGUUCGUCGUAGGUGCUCUCGAUGAAACGAUUAUGCUCCGUGGAAUGCGAUACCAUCCUAUUGACAUUGAAAACUCUGUUAUGAGGUGCCAUAAGAAGAUUGCAGAAUGUGCCGUCUUUACGUGGACAAAUUUACUUGUGGUAGUGGUAGAACUCGAUGGAAAUGACAGUGAAGCCCUGAACCUGGUCCCUCUGGUAACAAAUACUGUCCUUGAAGAGCACCACCUCAUCGUAGGUGUCGUGGUCGUGGUCGACCCUGGAGUGGUUCCCAUCAAUUCUCGUGGCGAGAAACAACGUAUGCACCUUCGGGACGGGUUUCUCUCUGACCAAAUCGAUGCAAUAUAUAUUGCAUAUAACAUGUAAAUCAAUAAUCACAUUGUGACCAUUUCGCACGAUUGACCGAAUACUUGUAUUCUAGUGAUGCGGUCAAUGGUAUGAUAUGAGCAGUCCCAUCGUUAAUUGUAAGUUUCCGAUGAAUUUUAAAUUUAUUUAAUGCCGCUAACCAAUUUCACUGUUCUAAUGUUAUGUUUAGUAUAUUACUUAAUGUGACAUAUUUAUGUAUUUUGUUCAGAACAUGUGUCUUGCAAUAAAUCAUUUUUUUAAUUGUUGAUAAAUAUUUAAAAGCAAAGCUUUAUAUGGAGUUUAUUUACUGCAAAUACAUUAUGGGCUUAGGCUUUUUAAUAUUUUGUUCAUAAUUUUAAUAUGUUUUGUCGGAAUGUAAAUUACCUAAUAGUGUAUUAAAAAAUUACCUUAAUUUAUAAUCACGAGACUGACGUGAUUCUAAAUUCGCUCAUUAAAAUAUUUUAUUUACGUAAAAUCUAAUUAGUUAAAAAUUCCGUUACUGUUUUUUUAAAUAACCAAAACUGUUAUUCUUUUAAUAAGAUAAACAAUUGGGUAUUGGACAUCCCAAAAUAAUGUAUUUUUAUUUUGUAAAAAUGUUAAUCAGUAGUCAUAAUAUCUUCUUCGCAAGUAAAUGUCAAUGCGCUCUAUAAUAAUAUCAUUAUAAAUAAAAUAUUAAUAAUAACUAUGUUACUCUAAAAAUUUGAAUUCUCAAUCUGAAUAGUUUAAUCGUGCCUCCUUUCACAAUAUUGUUUAUCGAAUUUAAUCAGUCAAAUAUCUAAUUAUAUUGUUGUGAUUAUUAUGAAGAAAGUAAUUUCUAAUUAUAGUUAGUAUGUAAAUGUAAUUAGUAAUUACAUUUACUGGUAAUAUAAUAUUUAGAGUUAGUAAUUAUUGAAUAGACAAAAAUGUAUUGCAUUUAAUGUGUUAAAUUCCAUGUUUGUUUUUAUCGUUGACAAUAAAUUUCACAGGUCGAUAUUCUGAGACACUACACGAAAAAUGCUUUACUGAAAUCAUGCAACUUUUUUUCAAUAUGGUAGCGAGUAGGUUUGUCUGUGAGCUUGUCUUAAAGUAGUUUGGCAUUCCGAUUGCCUAUCUGUAGUUUUGAAGACUGUAUUUACAACAGAAGAGAAGUGGUGUUAAAAUACUUGUAAGACAGUCUGUGUGUAUUUAUAUCACAAUUUUUAAUAUAAUAUAAUAUAUGUAAGUUCUAAAUGCUACAAUCGAAAAGUCUAUCUCGACUACGAACUUCGCACAUUACUUUCAUAUCUGCGCCAAUAAUCUCGCUGUAGUAGCUGCUUAAAAUAUGUGUCAUAUAAAUACAAUUCAAAUAUUACUACUUAAAGGGUAACUGUUUGUAAUAAACCAUAAAAUCAUCUUCGAUAUCUUAUGCAUAUUUGACAAUUACUGAAGAAAGCAUUUUAUAGAAAUAUUAUAAUAGCUCUAAUUCUACCUAGGUUAAUUCUGCAAUUACAAUAUUAUCUUUAGGGAUAUCUAUGUUUUAAAAUCACAUAGAUUAUAUCAGGCCCGUUUUGCUUUUUAUUUAAGUAAAUGUUACCUUGAUAUUUAUCAAUUUGUGGCAAUAUUAUAUUGUGCUACUUGAUAUUCCCAAUGCACAAUUUGUAUUAUCCUUUUACUCUUAAUAUCAUAAACAAAAUUUAGUUGCAAGAACAAGAAUGAUAUCCUGUAAUAGUACUAGUCCAUGUCUACUGCUCGGCCGUUUCUAAUAAGUCUAUAACAGAUUUAAAAGCACAACUUUUCAUAGUACCACAUAGCUAGAAACCGGAGGCAUUCUUUAGGAAAAUCAGUGUAGUUGAUUUAAGCUAGUGUAUAACAUUUCUUUUAUUUGUUUAUUUCCAUUCCAGCUUAGCCUAUGUUAUAAAAAAUAUCAAGAAAAAAUCAAAUUUAUUUUCAUUUACACAUUAGAUUUUAUUAUUUACUAUUAUUCUUUUAUUUUGUAAUUAUUUAUUGCUAAAUUGUACAUAUAAUUUUGUUGUUUAUUUUUAUGUUUAAUAUUUGGACGACAAUGUCAAUGAUGAUUAAUUAGAAAUGAAUUGAUUUAUAUAAUUUUAUAUGGUAUUCAAAAUUCCUUUAAUCUUCUCUACUUUAUAAAAGUAUAAUUUUUAUCAUAUUUUGAAAAGUAGUCAUGUUACAAAAUAAGUAUACAAGUAGAUAUGUAACUCGGUUUAAUGAACAUUAUCUUAUUUGUAAUUCUUAUAUAAUAAUGCAAAAUGUAUUGGUUCGAGGUCCUGCAGGAUUAUUAAAUGACAAAACCUGAAUAAUAUUGAACAUUAAAAUUACAAAUAAUUUUAAUUAUUAUGAUGACAUUAAUAAUGUUAAAUAUCUUUACAAGUUUAUAACGCACAAAAUUGUAAACGUUUUGGCAACUUUUUGGGAAUCAAAAGAUUUUUAAGAUUCCCCCCACUCUUUUAAUGUUUUACUUUAUUGCAAAGAAUAGUCUGUUAGGACUUUGUAACCGCUUGUAUAAUUGUGAUUUUUUUUCUGAUACAUGAGUAAAUAAACGUGCAUCCUGA